GUGGCGGAAGUGGAGAGCCGAGCCGGAGUCUGGGCCAGAAAGCCAGAGGCGGCGGCGGUAGCGGCGGCGUUGGAGGCUUGGAGGGCGUCCCAGGAACCUCGACGUGGCCUCGGCCUGUGUCUCUGCCUUCCCCUCGCUUGUCUGCAUCGGCGGGAAGCCCUCGAGAAGCGCCCGGCUUGGAGUUUCCCCCACCCCACCGUCCCCCUAAGCGCAGAGGCCGUGUUUGAAGGAUGACCUCUAGGAAGAAAGUGUUGCUGAAGGUUAUCAUCUUGGGAGAUUCUGGGGUUGGUAAAACAUCCCUCAUGAACCAGUAUGUGAACAAGAAAUUCAGUAAUCAGUACAAAGCCACAAUAGGAGCAGAUUUUCUGACGAAGGAGGUGAUGGUGGACGACAGACUAGUCACGAUGCAGAUCUGGGACACGGCAGGCCAGGAGCGGUUCCAGUCCCUGGGUGUGGCCUUCUACAGAGGCGCUGACUGCUGUGUCCUGGUGUUCGAUGUGACUGCCCCCAACACCUUCAAAACCCUGGACAGCUGGAGAGAUGAGUUCCUCAUCCAGGCUAGUCCUCGGGAUCCAGAAAAUUUCCCCUUUGUCGUCUUGGGAAAUAAGAUCGACCUCGAAAACAGACAAGUGGCCACCAAGCGGGCACAGGCCUGGUGCUACAGCAAAAACAACAUUCCCUAUUUUGAAACCAGUGCCAAGGAGGCCAUCAAUGUGGAGCAGGCGUUCCAGACCAUCGCCCGGAAUGCACUCAAGCAGGAAACAGAGGUGGAGCUGUACAACGAGUUCCCCGAACCCAUCAAACUCGACAAGAAUGACCGGGCUAAAACCUCGGCUGAAAGCUGCAGUUGCUGAAGGGGGGCGGCAGGAACAGAGCACAGAGCCCUUCACAAACCAAGAACACACGUAGGCCUUCCAACACAAGCCC